AUGGCGGUGCGGAAGAAAGACGGAGGCCCGAACGUAAAAUAUUUCGAAGCAUCUGACACUGUCUCGCAGUUCGACAAUGUCCGCGUCUGGUUGGGAAAGAAUUAUAAAAAGUACAUCCAGGCGGAGCCGCCCACCAAUAAGUCUCUGUCCAGCCUGGUGGUCCAGCUCCUGCAGUUCCAGGAGGAGGUGUUCGGCCGCCAUGUCAGCAAUCCUCCACUCACCAAGUUACCGAUGAAGACCUUUCUUGACUUUAAGCCCGGUGGAGCCCUCUGUCACAUAUUGGCUGCUGCCUACAAGUUCAAGAGCGAUCAAGGAUGGCGCAGGUUUGACUUUCAGAACCCUUCCAGAAUGGACCGGAAUGUGGAGAUGUUCAUGACCAUCGAGAAGUCCUUGGUGCAGAAUAAUUGUCUUUCACGACCGGUCAUCUACCUGAGUUCAGAGAUUGAGCCAAAAUUGUUGGUAAAACUGAAGGAUAUCAUCAAAAGGCAUCAGGGAUCCUUAACUGAAGAUAAGACGUCCAGUUCUCAUGUGGUAGUCCCAAUACCACCCAGUUUGGAAGAGGAGGAGUGGGUUCGACCGGUGAUGAAGAGAGACAAACAGGUGUUGCUCCACUGGGGAUACUGGCCAGACAGCUAUGACACAUGGAUCCCAGCCAAUGAGAUAGAAGCUGCUGUGGAGGACGCACCCACCCCAGAGAAACCCAGGAAGGUCCAUGCUAAGUGGAUCCUGGACCUGGACCAGUACAAUGAGUGGAUGACGGAGGAAGACUACGAGGUGGGCGAGGGCGGCACCAAGAGGAAGAGGAUCUCGGCCAAGACGCUGAGCGACGAGGUGUCCACUCCUGACGAGCGCCGCGACAAGAAGGCGGGAAACGCCAAGAAGAGGAAACGCUCGCGCUCACCCUCCCCCGCCCCGGCCUCCCAGGAGAGCAAGAAGAAGAACACCAAGAAAGGACCCACGACCCCGUACACCAAGUCGAAGCGCGGACAGAGAGAGGAGGAGCAGGACGAGGGCAGCAAGGAGGCGGACGAGCCCUCACCCACACCACCCACUGAGGACAGUGCUGCACCCAAGACAGAUGAGCAAGAGGAUGAAUCCAUGGAAACGGUGGGCAAGGAGGAAGAGGAGGGCUCCCCCAGUGUUAAAGGAGAGCCAGUGAAAGGCUCGGAUCUGCACGAGGAUAAUGUCACAGAGCAAACUCACCACAUCAUCAUCCCCAGCUACGCAGCCUGGUUUGACUACAAUAGUGUUCAUGCCAUUGAGCGCAGAGCUCUGCCGGAAUUCUUUAAUGGCAAGAACAAAUCCAAGACUCCUGAGAUUUACCUGGCAUAUCGCAACUUCAUGAUUGACACAUAUCGGCUGAACCCCCAGGAGUAUUUGACCUCUACUGCGUGCCGUAGGAAUCUGGCUGGAGAUGUGUGCGCCAUCAUGAGGGUCCAUGCCUUCCUGGAGCAGUGGGGGCUGAUCAACUACCAGGUGGACUCUGAGAGCAGACCCACCCCCAUGGGCCCCCCUCCCACCUCCCACUUCCAGGUGCUGGCUGACACCCCAUCCAGCCUGAUACCACUGCAGCCCAAGACAACACAGGUAAACACACAGCAGUCUGCCACCCCCCAGCAGCUGUUGUCCUUCCCAGAGAAGGUGAAGGACAAGCCGGCUGAUCUGCAGAACUUUGGCCUGAGGACCGACAUCUACAAGAAGACUGGCCCCAGUAAAAAUAAGAAUCCAGCAAGUGCCACACGAGACUGGACAGAACAGGAAACACUGCUACUCCUGGAGGGGCUGGAGAUGUACAAGGACGACUGGAACAAGGUGUCGGAGCACGUGGGGAGCCGCACACAGGACGAGUGUAUCCUGCACUUCCUGCGGCUGCCCAUCGAGGACCCGUACCUGGAGGAGGGCGCCCCCUUGGGGCCGCUGGCGUACCAGCCCGUGCCCUUCAGCCAAUCAGGGAACCCCGUCAUGAGCACCGUGGCCUUCCUGGCCUCCGUGGUGGACCCGCGCGUGGCCUCGGCCGCCGCCAAGUCUGCACUCGAGGAGUUCUCGCGCAUGAAGGAGGAGGUGCCGGCGGCUCUGGUGGAGGCUCACGUGCGUCGUGUGGAGGAUGCGGCGCGGAGCAGCGGGAGACCCGACCCCCUCUACGGCCUCGAGGGCAGCGGCAUCGCCGGCACCGGCCUGGAGGACGCCGACAAGCCAGCCGAGGAGACCAGUGAGGAGAGUAAAGGGGAAAGCCAGCCCAGUGAAGACAAGAAGGAGAAUAAGGAGAGUAAGGAAGAGAUGGUGGAAGAGGAGGAGAAAGGAGACAGUGCCAAAAAGGAGGAGGAGAGAGCGAGGGAUGGAGAGGCAGAGAGAGAGACGGAGAAACCAGACUCAGAAAUGGGUGAAGGGGAGAAGGAGCGCGAGAACAAGAGCCUGCUGGAGGAGGGGCAGAAGGAUGGAGAGAGCGACGGAGAGAGGAAGGCAAAGGUGGAGCGAGACGUGGGAGAGGGCAACCUGGCCACCGCUGCUGCCUCUGCCCUGGCCGCCGCCGCUGUCAAGGCCAAGCACCUGGCGGCGGUGGAGGAGAGGAAGAUCAAGUCUCUGGUGGCUCUGCUGGUGGAGACGCAGAUGAAGAAGCUGGAGAUCAAGCUCAGGCACUUUGAGGAGCUGGAGACCAUCAUGGACCGCGAGAGAGAGGCGCUGGAGUACCAGCGUCAGCAGCUGCUGGCGGACCGGCAGUCGUUCCACAUGGAGCAGCUGAAGUACGCGGAGAUGCGCGCGCGCCAGCAGCACUUCCAGCAGCUGCAGAGCCAGCAGCACAGCAGCACCAGCUCCACCACCACCACCCCGUUGCCCAGCAACAACAACCCCCCCGCCACCCCGUUGCCUAGCAACAACACCACCACCACCCCGUUGCCUAGCAACAACCCGCCCGUGCCAAGCCCCGCCCCUCCCAACGAAGUCCCGCCUCCAGGGCCGCAGCAAGCACACGCCCACGCCGUUACACCAAGCAGCACUCCAGUGGUCGCUGUUAUGCAGGAAUCCUCCACUCCAGCGGAGCCUGUCCAUCCCGCUACUCCUGUGCCCACUCCACAGUAGGAACACGGCGGAGGAGAGGAAGAGAUAGAGGAGGAGAAGAGACGGAAGAAGAGAAGUAUCAGUUUAACUGAAAAGAUGACUCUUUACCCUAUUUGGAAAAAAUGCAAUCCACAAAAACCCAAGAUGCAGUGUUUAGAAUGAAUUUGGGAUUACCUGUUACCUGGAACACACAUAGAUUUAUACACACACCUACACACACAUACACUUUCUCACACUCCCACACAGAAAGACUUGCAAAAUAUUUUCUUCACUCACUUGCCCCAAGUUAUAAGCUCCAAAACCUGUCUCCAGGUUACAUGAACAUACCUACCAAGACAACUCACAAAGACUUAAAUCCUGAUCUGAGGUCUUCAAAUGAUCUCCAAAGCCCCCUCCUCCCCAUUUAGACCUGCUUAGGUAAUGUGUUGCAGAUCUCGUCAAAACAACGGAACAGAAAGAAAAGAAUGUUUACGUUGAGAGCCUGGGGCAUCUGAGAGCCUCUUGGAUGCCAGACCACCAGGGGGCAGUACCACCUAAAUCACGUGACAGGCAGACAAUCAGUGGAGGUGAAUGGCAUCCAACCUCUCGCUACAACAGCAAGAACACAGAGGGGAAAGACCCUCAACCUACCUACCAGUCAUUCAGUGUAAACUACCACCAUUCAGCAUGUAAAUAUCGAUCUUUACCUUUCGUGCGUGUGUGUGUGUGUGUGUGUGUGCGUGUGUGUGUGUGUGUGUGUGUGUGUUUUAAACUCAACGCGCAGAUUGUCCUGUCCUGUAAGAGAUCUGUCGGUCCCUUUACCAGUGUUAGCCUACCAGUAUACGCUAUAACCACAGCUGGUCUCACGUCCACCUCCAAUGAAGAUCAGCAUCCACCUGUGCCAUCCCAUCAUUCCACUGAUGAUGCUGACUGGAGCAUCAUGGGACUUGUAGUACAACUUGGAUGCUUGGAGACCCCAAUUCCAAAGUAUUGCUAAGGAGAUCUUUUCUCAUACCAGGAGUAUCUUAAGAAGAAUGAAGAAAAAAAACAAAAGAAGAAGAACCAAAUUUGCACUUUGAAUCAAAUUCAAUGAAGUUGUAUUUAUUGAUGAAGCGCCUUUGAGUGUGAGCGCAGCACAGAAGCCAAGGCCUACCUGCCUACUCAGCAGCCCCCACACCUGGAAGAUGAACGGUUUACAAAACUAAAAAAAGCAUUAAGGUAUGUGUGUGUGCGUGUGUGUGUGUGUGUGUUUGUGUGUGUGUGUUUGUGCGUGUGUGUGUGUGUGUGUGUGUGUGUUUGUGUGUGUGUGUGUGUGUGUGUGUGUGUGUGUGUGUGUGUGUGUGUGUGCUUCUUCAGUGACAUGAUUCCAGUGAAGAACUUAAUCAUCCCUCCUGCCUGAGACUGAUUAAUGAAGUAUUAGUAGAGGAACUCUCAUUACUUAGUUGGCUCUCCUAUGAUUACGUCCGGACAAGUAACCAAACAUCACGGAAUCUUCCCCCAGAAAUCAAGUCAGCACUUAAUUGACUCAAAUGAUGGCUUUAAAAACAAACUCUUUACAUGUAAAGAUGAGGUAAAGCAGAAGAGGUAUCUUACUAUGUCCUCCAUUGAAAUGAGAAUGACAGGUACAGUUUGUGUUUUAUUUGUGUUUACAUUUACAGGUCAAACCACCUGAAACUUUACUAACCGAAGGAAUCUUGUUAAUGUGUGAAUAAUCAUUAUGUUACUCAUGUUCUUUCUGUAUGUGUACGUGCGUAUGUAUUUAAUAAUGUGACUUGUGAAAAAGGGAAGUUUAUCACAGUGUAGGAACUGUGUGUGAGUGUGUGUGUGUGUGUGUCCUCAGUAACUGUCAGUAAAAGAAUGGUCAGUUAUCAACACAUAGUGUGGGAAAGGAAUGAAAAUGAGAGUGUGUGUGUGUGAGUGAGUGAGUGUGUGUGUGUGUGUGCAUGCAAUGGAGAAAUUUCUGAUAUUCAUUUCAUUUACUGUAUUAACAUUGGUCUGGUGCCAUUCAUCGGUUCAAAAAAGCAGAAGUAGUAGGGAUUGCUUUUUCAAAGACACACACACACACACACACACACACACACACACACACACACACACAGGCACACACAGUCCCCAUGACCAUAUUGGUGUUAAUUCCACCCUUUUCAGUGGGAUAGAUCAUGAAGAUGAUCAUGUUAUAUACAGUACGUUGGCCCACACGCUGGGAUGGACAUGUAGGUGGUGUGCAGAGAGACCAUUGUGCAAAUGAACUGAAACAAGUUUGUAGCCGUCUGAGAAUGGAGUAAAAUCUGAUGUCUAUUCCUUUCUCAUUUCAACCCCAAUUUUAGUGUCAUUCGCCUUGUGAAGGUCAUUCUUACCAGGGCCGCUACUAGAAAAGUAGGGCCCUAUGUCUGACUAUAAUUCUGACCCCUGUACUGUUAUUGACGGGGGCUCUCUGGGGGAAUCAUCCUAACGCCCCCCCCGCCCGCGUCCCUAAGUCUUACUGAAACUCAGUAAAAUUCUUUGUUGUUUUGCUGUUGUUUUCUGUUUUGGAUUUCUAGAGAAAUGGGCUAGUCUCCCUGUUUUGUUUCAGUUGAUUUGCACAAGGUUGCAUGUGAUUGGACGGCUCAUUGCAGUAACGUGAUUGGACGGCUCAUUGCAGUGUAGUGAUUGGACGGCGUGUUGCAGUAUCACCUGAGCUUUUGUCCAGACUCGGCCAGCGGAGACGAGCAGGCAGAGCACCUUACAGGCCACACACGCCUGGCCACGCUCACCUGGCCACUAAGUGAUCCCAUAUCAGGUGUGUUCACACUCAAUCCGCAUCCGUAGUCAGAGGCGUUCCGGGCCACACAUGUCCACACUCGUCCAGCAGUGUAGAUGGAGAUGAAUGUGUGUGAGGGGAUCAGACAGUGCAGUGGCUGCCAGUUUGCCAGACAGCCAGACUGAAGGGGGAAAGAAUGCAAACGUCCUAAAAUGGGAGCACAGGGUUCCGUUCCUACUCUGCUCUACAUGACUCCGUUGUUGGGAUAUCUUGGUGGUCCUGUUUUGGGGAACAUACCUACCCGCUCUCCAUUGUUGGGAUAUCUAGAUGGUCCUGUUUUGGGGAACAUACCUACGCGCCCUCCAUGACUCUCUUGUUAUUUGUACACUUUGAUUUAGUAGACUGUUUUUAGUGAUGAAUCAGUGUUUAUGUUAUUGUCCUUCGUUUGUCCAUUUUAUACAGUAAUGCCAUUACAAUGAUACUGAUGCAGUUCAAUGCAUGUUCAUUCUUGAACAUUAGGGUUAUGUACAAACAUCUGAUUGAGCUGAAGAAAAAAAAAAACCUGAAUAAAAUGCUGUCAGU